CCUUCUCUUCCCUCCCCGUCGUCGUCGACUUUAAAGAAACCGUCCGCUCCUUGCGUAUCCUACAGCCCUUUGCCAUGAAGACUAUUGCGGCAGUCACCAUCUUCGCCUCGGUCGCUUUGGCCCAGCAGGCCUCCCUCAUUCCCUCCGGGAUUAGUUCUUCAUGCGAGACAUUCUUCAACACGUUCGACAAAGACACUACCCUCACCAGCUGCACGUCUUCUCUGAUCACCGCCACUGGUGCCUUUGCGCCUACUACAAACGCUACCGCGACCGCUCCCUCGGCCUCGGAUGCCAAGACCGCGCUUACUGCUGUCUGCGCCGCGAGCUCGUCGUGCGAGGAAUCUACCAUCCGCUCGAAGCUCGCCGACUUCUAUCAGGCUUGCACCCCCGAGCUUACAACGAACCAGAACAACGAGGUGAUCAGGACUUACGACGUGCUCUAUGCCCUCACGCCCCUCAAGAACGCGAUCUGUUCCAAAGACGACAGCGGGAACUUCUGCGUCUCCACCAUCGCCUCGACCACGUCCCAGUCCGCGUCCGUGCUCGACAACAUCGCCAAGGCCAUCUCCGUCCCCGUCUCUAGCUCCUCGGCCAACGCGCGCCGUGACGUCGCCCAGGUUGUCGCGUCCGUUGCACCCAACGCGACCACGAUCGCGAACAACAACGUUCUCUUCCUCCUCCUCCAGCCCAGCCUUGCAAAGGACUCCCUUUGCCAGACGUGCACUCGCAACGUUAUCACGUCUUACAUCUCUUUCGAAUCGUCGACCCCCUACGCGCCGGGUCUCGCGUCAUCAGUUCUCCUCUCCGGCCAGUCAGCCCUCUACCAGGCGGUCCAGAGCACUUGCGGCUCAAGCUUCCUCAGCGGCGCUGUCGCGGCUGCUGCCGGUCUCUCGGGCGGUAUCGUUGGUGGCGCCUCCGACUCUGGUGCCUCCCGCGCGAUCUUCGCCAACUCGGGCAUCGCUGGCGCGAUCGUCGCCGUUGCCGCCAUGGUCCUGGGCACCGCUCUCUAAGUGCUCUUCGGAGCUUAGAAUCGGUACUUCAUCAGGUUGGGUGAAUGUGGGAGGGUGCGAGCACUCGUGGCUGCUGCUGUUGAGUAUGCUUUGUAUCGGCGACGGUCCGUCGUUGCGUGUCGCUAUUCGUAACGUAGUAUACCCCGUGGGUGUGUGUUGCGUUUAGAUAAUAGGUGAUUUCUAUUCAUCUUGUUUGCCCUGUUGAACGCUGCGAAGUGUCUAUGUGGCAAGGAUACCCUUAUUGAUCGCAUUGGCUUUGGCCUG